AGAACGCUGUGACGUCACCGCGCACGUCCAGACCGGGGCAGCGGGUGGGUGGUUCGAGGGUGCCAGGGCCACGGAGAAGCCACGUUGACAAGUGGGGAGGGCCAGCGGGGGAGGCGGGGGGGGGGGGGCAGAGUUCCUCGCCCCGCCCAUCCCGGUAGUGGGGUGGGGGAAGGGAGGGGGCGUGCCUCCCUGCCCAGCCUGCGGCUGCUCCAGCUGUUGCAACGCGACGACGCGCUCGGGCUCUUUUAGCGACGGGCGCGCGCAGCCGGUCGCCAGCUCCCAGGUCCCUUGAACCGAGACAAAAAAGGAGAGAGCGAGUCAGUGCCCACAAUGUCUUCGCCUACUGACGAGAAAGUAGAGACUAGAGCUGGACACCCUCCUGCGGUAAAAGCUGGUGGAAUGAGAAUUGUGCAGAAACACCCUCAUAGUGGAGAUGCCAAAGAAGAGAAAGAUAAGGAUGAUCAAGAAUGGGAAAGUACCAGCCCACCUAAACCAACUGUGUACAUCUCUGGUGUUAUUGCAAGGGGUGACAAAGAUUUCCCUCCUGCUGCAGCUCAGGUGGCUCACCAAAAACCACACCCCUCUAUAGAAAAGCAUCCUUCUCACAAGACGACACAGCACAUCCAACAGCCCCGCAAGUGAAGGUCCUGCUACCACCUUGUCAGUGUGGUUCUUGGAGAAGAACACAUGAUUUCCUCUUAGGUUUGACAUUUAUAGAACAACAAGAAUUGGUCCAAUUUUUUUUCUAUCUCUAGCUCUAUAGAGAAAUUUAAGACAAAGCAAAUCAGUAGCUUCCUUUGCCUUACAUUUCUUUGUUUACUGCCUGCAAAUACCCAUGUAUCUUGUUCACCUAAACGCAAACAACACUUGAGUCUCAUUUUUCCCCCUGACCUAGGAUCCAUAUUCAAUUUAAUCUUAUCUGCAGUUUUGCUUAGGGAAUACAGUGAUUUUUUAAAAUUUAGUUUUAGUACUUCUAAAGUUGCCUUUGGUUUAUACCAUAAAGCUAAGUAUGAUAUUUAAAAACAGUUGUAAACCAGUUUUGAGAAAUGUGAGGUAAAGGUAAGGGAAAAAAUGGGUUAUUUUCUAAUCUUUUUUUUAUCAGACACUAGAGUCUUCCCAUGUAGUCUAGAGCAAACUGGGGAAGUCAGAAUUUCACACUGUUCUUUCAAUGAGUAACCAGAACAGUUAUUUCUUUAAGAGUCUUGUUGCUGGAGAAUGAGAAUCCAAGAAGGCUUACUCAAAAUGAAGCAUUUUGCUUUAAGUCACAGGACUGGAGAGUUUGUUGUAUCCCAGAAAGUCCUGACUUGGGAAAUAGGUAAAUUUAUGCAUCUCUCUAAUCAUCUCGUUGGCUUGGAUUUGAGGGGCACAUUGUGCGGGGGAAGUGGGAGGGGAGAUAGAUGGAUAAUGAUUAGAAAAGGUUAAUAAGAUAAUUUAAAGGAAGGGGGAAUAAUAGGUAAAAACCCACCAAGUUCACAGAAAGAUCCAGUUUUAUUCCAAAGGGAGAUUAAUCCCAUUGUCAAAGAAAGAUAAAUACAUUCCACUCUAGUUAGAGCAAUUGUUUGCAGACCUCACAACUGUGGUCAGACUCUCCUUUGCCCUAAUCACGUAAUUACUCCUACUGAUGUUUGAGUGUUUGAUGUCAUUCGGAGUUCUUUUGUGUGUGCUUCUUGCCAGUUGGUGUUUGUAAGACUGCUGCUGGAAUGAUUACCGUACUGUUUCCCCAUUGGAAAGUAAACUCAUUCUGGCUGUUUGCAUAUGAAAAAAGCACUCUCAAACAAUACAGUUUUAUGGGAAAAGUAUUGCCUUGUUAGUUAGCAUACUUAGCAGUCUGUUUUGAAGCUAUUUAUUGCUGCAGGUCAGCAGUGGUACUAUGAAUGGCUGCCUGCCUACACCACCAGUCAUCCUCAGAUAAAAUGAAAUCCACAUUCAUCAAUUGGUAGCAAUACUCAUAACUCUGCCUUGAUCAAUGUCUCUUAACCCUCCUCUCAAGAAAGAAUGUUCACACUUCACUUUGUUUCAUGUUUUCAAGAAAAGUUAGGGUUUUCUUAGCUCCAGAUUAACAGCAGGCCAGUUUCCUAUGGCAGUGACAUUGUAUCAUCUAUGUUGUUUCAUAAUGGAAGAAGUAUUAAUGUGAACAUUUUCUGCCUCCGUAAGGCACUGUAUUUUGUCAUCACUUCGCAGUCAGAACAUAUACCCAGAGGCUUGCUGGUUGAUAUUCCUAUGGAACAUGUGCCUAAAGACUAGGCAUUUCCUCAGAGCUCUAUUCAAAAAUAAACACUUCAAAUAGGAAGGGGAGAGCUUUAUAACACUUGGGAAAACAAUUGGAAGUAGAUUCAAUCUAGGGCAAUCUAUAUAUCACACCCUCUGCUAUAAGAAUAGUUUAGGAAGCUUCUCCCACUCCCACCCCUUCAAAUCUCCACUGAGAGAGAGCUGGAAAUGAUAGCCUAUUAUGUUUCAAAAAUUUCAUUUUACAUGUAUCGUAGAUGUAGUGUGUAUCCACUUGUUCCAAAUCACUGAAAAGAAACAAUUAUAUCAAGUGUUUCCUUUUAUAGUUAAUCAUUUGUGUUUUUAAAUAAUAAAAAUUGUGCCUGCCCUUUUC